AGAUAAAGCGGCAAGUGCCUGGUGAAGGUUCUGAGCAACCAAUAUACACAGUGUCUGGAGAUCUCCAGAAGCAAGGAGAGCUGUAAGAGGAAGGGACAGGAGACAGAGCCACGAAGAGAGAGCAAUAGGGAUCCUAAGGCCUGAAGUGAAGGAGGGAAGGAUACAGAGGCAGUGAGAAAAGGCCAAGACCAGGGCCACAGCCAGGGCAGGCACAAACGCCGAGGGAUGAACUUCACCGUGGGUUUCAAGCCGCUGCUAGGGGAUGCGCACAGCAUGGACAACCUGGAGAAGCAGCUCAUCUGCCCCAUCUGCCUGGAGAUGUUCUCCAAGCCUGUGGUGAUCCUGCCCUGCCAGCACAAUCUGUGCCGCAAGUGUGCCAAUGAUGUCUUCCAGGCCUCUAACCCUCUGUGGCAAUCCCGGGGCUCCACAGCUGUGUCUUCAGGAGGCCGUUUCCGCUGCCCGUCUUGCAGGCAUGAGGUUGUUCUAGACCGACAUGGGGUCUACGGCCUGCAACGGAACCUACUGGUGGAGAACAUUAUUGACAUCUACAAGCAGGAGUCCUCCCGGCCAUUGCACUCCAAGGCUGAGCAGCACCUCAUGUGUGAGGAACACGAGGAUGAGAAGAUCAACAUCUACUGUCUGAGCUGUGAAGUGCCCACCUGCUCCCUCUGCAAGGUCUUUGGAGCCCACAAGGACUGUGAGGUGGCCCCGCUGCCCACCAUUUACAAACGCCAGAAGAGUGAGCUGAGUGAUGGCAUCGCAAUGCUGGUGGCAGGCAAUGACCGGGUACAAGCAGUGAUCACACAGAUGGAGGAGGUGUGCCAGACUAUUGAGGACAACAGCCGCAGGCAGAAGCAGCUGUUAAACCAGAGGUUCGAGGCCCUAUGUGCGGUGCUGGAGGAGCGCAAAGGCGAGCUGCUGCAAGCCCUGGCCCGGGAGCAGGAAGAGAAGCUGCAGCGGGUGCGCGGCCUCAUCCGUCAGUAUGGAGACCACCUAGAAGCCUCCUCUAAGCUGGUGGAGUCCGCCAUCCAGUCCAUGGAGGAGCCGCAGAUGGCGCUUUACCUCCAGCAGGCCAAGGAGCUCAUCAAUAAGGUCGGGGCAAUGUCGAAGGUGGAGCUGGCAGGACGGCCAGAGCCUGGCUACGAGAGCAUGGAGCAGUUCUCAGUGAGCUUGGAGCACGUGGCGGAAAUGCUGCGAACCAUAGACUUCCAGCCGGGCGCUGCGGGGGAUGAAGAGGAUGAGGAGGUGGCUUUGGACGCGGAAGAGGGCAACGCAGGGCUGGAGGAAGAGCGGCUGGACGGGCCAGAAGGCCUGCACUGACCCGACCCCGGAUCCGGAGCCCGCGCGCCCGGAGCCUGGCGCAAGGCUGGUUGAGGAUCUGCGCAGAGAUCGCAGAGCCCUGCAGCCGGACAUCCCGCCCGAGGGACGGUCUCAAUAAAGGACUCUUGUGACCCA